AUGGCCACUCACGUUGUUACCGCCCCCGUCAUCCCCUCCAACCAGAUCUCCAUCUACGGCCACCCCUCUCCUGUUAGCUCGGCCACCACCACCCCCAGCAACAACUCUCCUACUUCUCCUCGUCUGGCGACUGUUGCCCCCUCUCAACUUCCCCUUCAGAACCGCCAGUUGCGUCCUCCCAAGGCUCCUCUCUACGUUCCCGCUGCCUUGCGUCCGACCGAGCGUCCCCAGAGACACUCCCCCCCGACUCCUCCCCGCAGCGUGCAUGGCUCCCUCGACAGCUUGAAUGACGGUGAGCCCGCUGAACCCAUUAGCCGCCGCAACACCAUGGAGAGCAACUCGAGUGCCGGUGCUAUCAGCAAGCUGGCUGAGGAUGAGUGGAUGAAGAAGGAACACCUUGGUUUGGUGACUGGUCUUCCUACCAGAGAUCACUGGAAAGCUGACUCUGCCUCUCCCAACUGUGACUCUCCUACUUGCCGCUCUUCUUUUGGCAUCUUCCUGCGUCGACACCACUGCCGUCAUUGUGGUCACGUCUUCUGCUCCUCCCACACUCCUCACACCGUUCCUCUUGAUCAGCAGGCUCGCUUCCACCCCGAGGGAGUCCAGUCUCGGGCUUGCGACCUCUGCUGGAGCGCCUACAACCGCUGGGAGGAAAACCGCAGCGAUCGUCUGAACAAGAUCCAGAGUGUCAUCGACGCCCAGCAGACUGGCGAUGACGCCUCUCAGGUCAGCUCGGAUGGCUCUGACGACGAAGGCCCCCAGCCCAAGUCCGCAGCAACUCCUCCCGGAUUGCCCCAAGGCACUGAAAUUGCCGCUAGUGUGCCUCGAGGCUGGAACUGGAGCACCUUCUAA